CAGACAGACAGACAGACAGCCUGUCUCACCGUCACAGGCGGCUCAUCACAGCCGACCGGAGAGCGCCGAUACCCGGUGACCAUGUCGGUGCUUGGCUCCGCCCCCAGCAGCGGUGACUCCUCCCUCAGCAUCGUCCACAGCCUGAUGUUCCACCGGCAGGGAGCGGAGAACGAGGGCUUCGCCAAGCGGGCGAUCGAGAGCCUGGUGAAGAAGCUGAAGGAGAAGAGGGAGGAGCUAGACGCCCUCAUCACCGCCGUGACCAGCGGCGGGGGCCGGCCCAGCACCUGUGUGACCAUCCAGAGGACGCUGGACGGGCGGCUGCAGUACUCUACUGGAGUACUUUACUUCCUGCAGGGUCUCUCCAUCACAGUCCUCCGUAUCCACAGCCUGUGUCCAACCACACAGGUGUUUGACCUGAGGCAGUGCCACAGACAGUUGCAGCAACAGGCUGCAGCGGCGGUUGUCGGUUCGAUUCCCGGGCCGAUCGGCGUGGGGGGGAACGCCCCCUCAGUCAGUGUGGGCGUGGACGACCUGCGUCGGCUGUGCAUGGUGCGGCUGAGCUUCGUGAAGGGUUGGGGGUGCGAUUACCCGCGGCGCAGCAUCAAAGACACCCCCUGCUGGCUGGAGGUGCACCUGCACCGCGUGUUGCAGCUGCUCGACCAGGUGCUGCACACGCUGCCGCCGCGGGAACACGCCCUCUGAUGCAGGGGGCGGGGCUUAACUCACCGGACAGCCAAUCGGACGAGAGACAAAGCCGAUACCGUAUUCACUCAGUGGUUUGAGGAGAAAUCCACGCCAGAGAACAGGAAGUGACCAUAUCUGGACUGUGGAAGAGUGACGUAGAAAUGAAGCAUAGACUUCUGUACAACCAGGAGUCGCCACCUGGUGGUCAGUGGAGAGAAUGCAGCUUUAACUUUUUUUUUUUAAUGCCAACUUUUUUUUAUUGGCUAUUUAUUUGUAUUUGACCAAAGAUUCAUUUCCUGCUCUCGAUGACAUCACUUCCUGUUUCCUCUGUCAAAUUAUUUAUUCUGCCUUUUUUUAAUUUAGUUUUUUUAUUAUAUUUUAAAAGCUUUUAUACUGAAAGGGUCUACAACAUAACAUUAGCUAUUUAUUCAAAAUAAAAGUUUUCUUAUAUAUUA